AUGCACAUGGUGCAGUUGGUAACACCCACUUCCCUUUGUACCUUCUUAGGCACAGAUGUGACUGAUAACCAGGAGGUGGCUAUAAAGUUGGAAUGCGUCAACGCGAAGCAUCCCCAGCUGUUGAUUGAGGCAAAGAUCUACCGAAUUCUCCAAGGCGGAUUUGGCAUUCCUACGUUGAAGUGGGUCGGGAAAGAAGGUGACUACAACGUACUGGUGAUGCAGCUACUGGGUCCGAGUUUAGAGGAUCUCUUCAACUUUUGUGGUCGUCGAUUCCGCCUCAAAACGGUCAUCCUCCUCGCUGAUCAGAUUCUCAUGCGUAUUGAGUACAUGCACAGUCGUAACUUCAUCCAUCGGGACAUUAAGCCGGAUAACUUCCUGAUGGGCCUGGGAAAACGCGGCAACGUAGUCUACUUCAUCGACUUCGGUCUGGCUAAGCGUUAUCGUGACCCACGCACGCACUUCCAUAUACCCUACCGCGAGAAUAAGAACCUCACCGGUACUGCUCGCUACGCCAGUAUCAACACUCAUCUUGGAAUCGGCACUGGGAGUCGGCGCUCACCACCACCGGUAUGCAAAGUGCGCGCAAUGAACGAGGCAUCGUCCGCACUCCUUCUUGUUCAACCACGAGAACAAAUUUAUGGGAAGUUUUUACCACGUGGUAAUCCUGGCGAUGGUGGCACCGCUAGUGGCUGCCAUUGCAACAACUUUUCUGUGAACCUACUUUGCGCCCCAGUAGCGGCGGUGGCGGCGGCAGUAGUAAAGGCGCUAAUGACGAUGAUGAUGCUGGCGAUACCGCUGCCGCCGCUGACAACCUCCGAUUGUGCAAAAGAUGACCGAACUGUAGCUGCAUUGGGUCAGUUCAAAUUCCUAAUCGGCCCAAUUUUUGGGUUUUAUGCAGAGCAAUCACGUCGGGACGAUCUGGAAUCACUGGGCUAUGUGCUGAUGUACUUUCUGCGUGGAAGUCUGCCCUGGCAGGGCUUAAAAUCCAUCAAUAAACGCCAGAAGUAUGAACGCAUCUGCGAAAAAAAGAUGGAGACUUCGAUUGAGGCCCUCUGCGAUGGCUAUCCUUCCGAGAUGGUGGAGUACCUCAGCUACUGUAGGAGCCUCCACUUCGAAGCGAGACCCGACUACUCCUAUCUACGUCGUCUACUUCGGAAUCUCUUUAAGAAGAACCAUUUUACACACGACAUUGUCUUCGACUGGAAUCUCCUCAAGAUAUCGGGUAACGAUACUGGCGCGAACGCAGCUUCCGUUGCCACUGGAAAUGGUAACGCUUGCCCUCCCGUCCAUGAAAGUGGUGCACAGCUCAAAGUCACGCCUGGAAACGGGCAUCAUCACGCAAAUCAGGAGGAAGAUAAGCCCGAUCAGCAACGCAAUCACAUACCACAACCACAAUUUGCACAACCGACGGCUGUGAACAUUCAGCCGCCUGUACAGCAGAUGCAGCUCAAUCCCCAUGCUCUGCAGCAGGCACAACAGCAACAACAACGCGGAUUAGUUGGCCAUCAGAGCCAGCAAAGUGGUGCCAGGACAGGUGCUGUUCUCUCUUACCUUUUAUCAAUGAAGACUACCACACCAUCUGCACAACCAGCUCCACCCACAUCACUUCCUGCAGUCGCUUGGAGUGCUAAUGAUUCUGCAGACGCUGAAGUCGCAAUGUGGCCCACAACCGCUGCCGCUUAUCCCGCUUACCCUGAUCGAGGUGGAGGCAGCUCUACUCCACUCAAUCUCUACGUUGUCUCUGACGCCAAUCCCGCGGCUGCUGUUGCUGCUGCUGCCGCCAUGGCCCACCAACAAGCACAACAAGCUCAGCAGCAGCAACAGCAGCAAGUCCACCAGCAACAUCUGGCUACGAUAGCAGCGCAGCAACAACAACGAGCAGAAUAUCAGCGGCAAUUGCGGUGGGUCGCCACCCACUUCAACCUCGUCGGUGUGCAGCCUCCACAGUCACGUCCGACGGUUGGGGCAGUUGGUGGAGCACCGACAGCAGCACCGGCAGUUGCAACCGGCGUGGGAGGAUCAAACGCACCCAAUGUAGCUGCUGCAGCUGCCGCAGCGGCUGCAGCAGCGGCAGCAGCAGCCUCUGCAGAUCCUACAGUCGGUCGUCCAGGCUGCCUGCAUUAG